AUGGCAGAGAUUCAUGUGGUGGCCACUUUCAUUCUACACGGUACAUCGAGCACACCUACGACAGCGGCUAACCAAGCUAUCGCUUCGACAUUGACCACCUCGACAACGGUGCCCCCCGGGAUGAUCAAAACCGAAGACAUCUCGAUGAUCAUCGAAAGUCUGUCGAGGACAAUCGCGACGCUUAUUCAGCCGACGACGCAUGCUACACACAACCACGCCCCCGCACCGAGACAACAAGCUGCCGUCCACGUCCACGAGAACAGUGGAGCUGAACAGACAUGCCACUACUGCGGCAAUCGUGGCUGCAGGGUAGGCACCUGCGAGUUCGUGGAGAUCGACAUUCGGGACGGCAAGUGCAAACGGAACACCGACGGCAAGAUCGUCCUUCCAAACGGAAGCUUCUGCCCCCGCACUAUCCCUGCACCCGCCGCUCCGACGAUGCUCUUCGAGAUCGACGAUCGCUCGACUAUGCAAACAUUCAUGCUCAACACCAGCAGCAGGAUCGAGGCGCUCGAGCGAGAACUCCUUUAG